AUCGGUCGCAUCACAUAUCUGCUGCCUUGUGGCGGACCACCGACCACGGUACGGUAUGAUGUGAGUGGACCUCGAGUUUUAUUCCUGUCCCCCCCAAAUCAGAAAGUUUUCGUCGAUUUUUUCGUCCCCAUCCAUAGGAAAAAUAAAAAAUAGAAAAUUCCCACGUUCGUUUCUGAGGACGCGCGUGUUCGUGCCCCCCGGCGGAUCGGUCUUUUUGUUGUUGUCGGCUUCGGUUCUUGGAUGACAGUGGUUCGUUUGGUAAACUGUACGUGAGUUGGAACUGUUCAACCAAUUUUUGGCAGUGUUUCGGGGAACAUUAUGACGGAUUUUUAUGUAUAAACUAUCGCACGUUUAAGAUGGUGAAACUAGAGAUAAGCGACCUCUUCCAGGGAACAUGAUUCGUCUCAAAUGGAACAAACCCAAAUAUAAUAAAGUAAAAUUUAAAUAACAUACCUAUAAGCCUUAAUUAGCCGUAACUAAAGCAAUAAUAAAAACUCUAAACAAAUCAUAUUUAUCUAAACAAAAAAAGCAAGCAAAUUUAAAAAAUAAAUCCAGGCAGAAGACUUAGACUGACCACAAAAAUAGGAAGUGCCAUAAGAUGUCAAAGUCGUUGAUCCUGAUAAUCGACCUGGACACGAUAAUGACAAGCGCUGUUGCGGGCGGCGCCCGCCCUUCCGCCAGACGCUCGGUGCGGGCAUGACCCGGCGACGCCGCUGUCGCCACCGCUGCUGAGAUCCGCCGCCGCCACAUUCCCCACUGUUAUCGUUACAACUGCUCGCACGCCAACCAUAACUUUUCGGUAGACCCCCAGCCCGCAAGAACAUCGCCCCGAGGACGAAUCGAUAAGUGAAGAUGAUCCUGAACUUCAGAGAAGACGCAUGCUGCAAGUUGAUCCUCGUCCAGUUCGCGCUGCUCCUCAUCCAAGUGAAAUGCGAAGGACACCAGUCGGGCGCCGCAUACCGCUCGAAAAUGUACCUUGCGAUCGCGGCGUCGGGCGGCAACCCAGUUUACGGACGCGCCUUCAAUCGCACCCUUAGCAACAUCACCCAGUCGUACCUGGCCGGCCGGCGCGGCUCCCUCACGUUCAACGUCACCCUCGAGACUCUGGCCAUCGACUUGCCGGAGAACGGCAGCUUCAGCGCCGAUUUACUGGAAACGGUUUGUCGCAGGUUCCAGGGCAAGCACGUGGUGGCGAUCCUGGUCAUCGGGGCGUCGCCCGCCUCGUUCACCGUCGCCCUGGCCUCGGCCACUUGUCGCGUGCCCGUCCUCUGGGCCAGAGGACCUGAGGAGGACUUCAUUCCCACCUUCGGAGCCGUUCAGGAGUCCCGCGGUUUGGAGGUGCACCUGGCGCCGACGAGUCGCGAGGUGGUGGCGGCAAUCAGAGGGCUGCUGCUGCAGGCACACUGGCACACGUUCACGGUGAUGGCGGACGCCGCCUCGGCCACGGCGCUCCGCCGCCCCGAGCUGUGGCGGGCGCUGGACGCCGCCCCCCUGCAUCCCACCCUGGUGACCUUGCCCAAUCCCGUACGGCCCCAGUCCCUCUUCAGAAAACUGGCGGACAUCUCCCGAUCGACCAGGGGCGUGGUGGUGUUGCUGAGCGACCGCCAGAGCGCGAUCCGCAUCCUCGACGACGCCAAGCGCCUGAACAUGAUGGACGGCCACUUCGUGUGGCUGUGGAUCGACACCGCGACGGCGAUCAGCAUCCGCAACGUCACGCAGGAGGAGAAGGACAAGGAGCGGGAGCGCAAGGACCCCGAGCCGCCUCCCCAGCACCGCGGCCGCCGCGGCAUCGCCGACCUGGACGGGGUGCACGUUAAUUACUUAUUGAAAAACGAUUAUUAUCUUUUGUUCAACCGCGAGGACGUUCAGCAGGACGUGCCGGCGCCGCGACGUCCGCACAAGCGACGCGAACCGGCGGGUGUCGGCGGCGAGCUGCCGGCCGGGCUGCUGAGCCUGAAGCCGGUGCCGAUCAAGGUGGACCGGCAUCUGGUCAAGGGGGCGGUCAGGCUGUUGGUCGGCACGCUCAGGCUGGUGCUGGACCAGGCGCCCGAGGACGUGCUCAGGUCGGUGCUGGGCGGCAGGAUCAACAACGGAUGCUGGGCGGACGACGCCGACAAACAACACUCCAACUUCUCCAACCUUUUCGGAAGGGAGUUGAAAGUCGCCUGCACUGACGCGUUGGCCGGCAAAAAAUUCACACAAGAAAUUGGCGUUGAAAAAGUGGACAAAUCAUUAGUUGCAAAUUUCGAAAUACUUAAUCUAGUUCCUGAACAUAGCAGCAAAGACAAUGAGACUGAAACGACGACGUCGAGCAUGCGAUGGAAACGCGUCGGUCUGGUGUCGGGACGAUCGGUGCGCCUCGACACCAUAAUAUGGCCCGGCGGCGACCUCUCCGUCGCCGCCGUCUCCUCCAGGGCGAGGACCGUGUUCAGAGUGGUGACGGCGCUGGCGCCGCCCUUCGUCAUGGAAAGCGAACUCGACGAGGACGGACAGUGUUUGCGCGGACUGCCGUGCCACCGGGUCCUCACCUCGGACAAGGACAAUCUGACUCUCGUCUUCAACGAGAUGCAGCGUCUCGAGGAGGAGGAGGAGGAGACGGAGGAGGCGGACCGCGAGGCCCGCAACUCCGACUAUCGCGGUUUCACCGACGACUACGUGGACGACGAGGAGCGGUUCUUUCCGUUCCAGAAGUUCCGCUAUCGCACCAACUGCUGCUACGGCCUGUCCAUGGAUCUCCUGGAGAACAUCGCGCAGGAGUUGGAGUUCGAUUUUCGGCUCUACAUCGUGGCCGACGGGCUUUUCGGCUCGAGGAUUCCCGUCAAGAGCAACAGGACCAAGAGGGACGUUGGGAAGAAGUUUCUCAGCUACAGAUUCAAAGAAGGCCAGACCAAAACCGAUAAAGAAACCCACCUGGAAGGUGACGAACUGGACGUAAAAUGGAACGGUGUUGUUGGCGAUUUGGUCUCGGGUGCCGCACAUAUGUCGUUCGCAGCACUUAGCGUUUCAAGUGCACGUAGUGAAGUUAUAGAUUUCAGCGCUCCGUACUUCUUUAGCGGUGUGUCAUUCUUGGCUGCGCCACAACAAAAAUCUGAGAUUCCUUUGAUGGCGUUUCUGCUGCCUUUCUCACCUGAGUUGUGGAUCGCUAUCUUCACUAGUCUAAACAUAACCGCUAUUGCUGUAGCUAUAUACGAAUGGUUGUCUCCUUUCGGGCUUAAUCCUUGGGGAAGGCAAAGAUCGAAGAACUUUAGUAUGAGCUCAGCUCUUUGGGUGAUGUGGGGUCUGUUAUGCGGUCACUUGGUGGCUUUCAAAGCCCCUAAAAGCUGGCCCAAUAAGUUCUUGAUAAACGUAUGGGGUGGAUUUUCGGUCAUCUUUGUUGCCAGCUACACAGCCAACAUUGCAGCUCUCAUCGCUGGACUUUUUUUCCACAACACUGUCAGCAACUACCACGAUCGAAGCUUGUUGAGUCAAAAAGUGGGAGCACCGAAAGCUUCGGCAGCAGAAUACUACGUCCAAAAGGCUAAUCAGCAUCUUUGGCAACACAUGAACAAAUAUGCUCUUGGAAACGUAGAAGAAGGAGUUGAAAGGCUGAGAAAUGGUUCUUUGGAUAUAUUAAUAGCUGAUACACCUAUUCUGGAUUACUACAGAGCUACCGAUCAUGGCUGCAAGCUUCAAAAAAUAGGAGACACCAUCAAUGAAGAUACUUAUGCCAUUGGGAUGACCAAAGGAUUCCCUCUAAAGGAUAGUAUUUCAGCGGUGAUAGCAAAAUAUUCCAGUAACGGUUACAUGGAUAUUUUGCAAGAGAAGUGGUACGGGGGCCUCCCAUGUUUCAAACUGGCAACAGAUAUAGCCCAACCUAGACCUUUAGGGGUCGCAGCUGUCACGGGAGUUUUUAUAUUAUUAGGAGUUGGAAUAGGACUAGGCUUAAUAAUUUUAUUGAUCGAGCAUUUGUUUUUUAAAUACACGUUGCCAGCAUUAAGAGACAAACCAAAAGGAUCAAUCUGGAGGAGCAGAAAUAUAAUGUUUUUUAGUCAGAAAUUGUACCGUUUCAUAAACUGUGUGGAGUUGGUGUCACCGCAUCACGCAGCUCGGGAGUUAGUUCACACAAUUCGUCAAGGACAAAUCACUAGUUUGUUCCAAAAAAGCAUCAAAAGGAAGGAACACGAACAGCGCAGACGUAGAAAGAGCAAGGCACAGUUCUUCGAGAUGAUCCAGGAGAUCCGAAGUACAAUUCGCAGGCAGCAACAGGAAGAACGUGAACCACCAUUAGAAGCGGUAACUGAAGUGGAUUCGGAGUAUCAGCUGUCACCUGAUGAGAAAAAAUCUAAGUUAAGUCCAAGCAUUAUAAGAAGAACGUUCAUGAGGUCCAGUCCCAAGUCGGACGUUGCCAAAAUUAAAUCGCCCACUGCUUUGUUUAAUAAACAAAUGUUCAGCCCCAGAUCUAAAAACAAGGCAAAGAGUCAGACGUCGCUCAAUGUUAGAAGGUUUAGCACUGAUAGUGUUUUCAAUUCCCAAACGAUGAAGCCUGAAACCAAUAGCUCAGUAGUGGGUCGUCGACUUAGCAAAGACGCAUCAGCCUUUUUGAGUAGCAGUCCCCCAGAUAUUAACAGUCGCAGAUCCAGUUACUUAGACAUCAUCAGUUCUGGGAACAAAUUAGGGGGGAAGAGUCCCAUACUUUCCAUUGAAAAUAUAUCUGAUUGCAGUUCAAGAGGAUCAGAACAGGCUUUAAGAAAGUUGUCGGAUUCUGAGAGUAUUGGGAAAAAAUUAGCCACCUUGCCGAAGUAUCGAGAACCUCCCAGCAAACACAGGCUUCAGCCGCAACACAGUUUGGGAGCUUUGGGAAAGAGUGAUGAAGCGCUGAGCAGGAAUGAUCUACAAACUCCUCAGGUUCCUGCUGCUAAAAGUGUCAACGAUAUUUGCGAGAGCACAAUGAACGAAAAAAGCAACCUAUCUGACGACGAAAUAGCCAGAAGGAACCAAUUGACCAUCAAAGAGUUGCAAUCAGCAAUCAAUAAAAAGGAACAGAAGAAUUCUAGAGACAACAAUACAAAACAAAACACCACGAACCCAACCAUCAGGAUACAAGUUGAGGACACCACAAAAGCGGAGAAGGAGAAACCUUCCAGACACCCACCGUUGUCUCAUCGCACCAAAACAAGACAUCAGAGUUUGGGGGAGCCGACCAACCCGGGCAACCCGGACAGACCGGAGCCCCGCCAGCGUCGCAACCACAAGCUGAAGGAGCAGUCGAAAUCGUUAGACAGCAACGGCGGCUCGUCGUCGCGCCGCCCGUCGCCGCGUUCCCGCUCGCCCCACGUACUACCCGCCCCCGAAGAGAACCUCCCGCCCGCACCCCCGCCGCCCAACUGCUCGCCCCGCAACUCGUCCAACGGCCGUUCGCCGCUCGAGCGACUGUCGAAGGAGGAGUUGGUGUUGUUGUGGAGGAGUUCCGAAUCGGAACUGAGGAGUCACUUGCUCAAGGCGAUCAGGGACAAGGAGGAGCCGUCGGAUCCCACUUGAGAAAAGUGAUAAUGUUCGUGUCACCUUGGAAGAUCGACUGUCGAUGGUUUUAUGGAUUUAAUGAUUUUGUGUGUCCUGUCGUGCAGAAUUUGGGGCCGAUUUACUGCUUAACGAUACAACAAAAACAAAAUAAACACGCGACUAAUUACCAUAGAGUAAUUUUAAAUGAUAACUUACGAUAUAAUUGGAUGUCGUUAAUUCAGGAAUUGGGCACGGGACAAAGAAACGGGUGCCUAAAUAUUGAAUGAACGGCCUUAGAAUUAGUAGAGUGAUAAAAACGACCACUAAGUGUUAUUAGAAGCCUUUAUCUUUGGAGGCACGCAAAGUGCCUCAGCGCCUUUUAUCUAGGACUGGUUCUAUUAGAGUUAAUAAAUUUCAUUAAUUAUUUUACUUAAAGGGAUUAAACAACAAAAAUAACUAACUAAACUAUUUGCCACUGUAUCUUAUUCAAUGGCUUGUCGGGGGCGUAACAUCAACAAACUAAAUGUGCAUCAAGCUUCAAUCCACCCAUUUAAAUUGAAAUCUGAUUAUGGAUAAUUAAACAAACACUUCAAAAUAUUCUGGAUAUAAAAUUAUUGAUUUAAUUUGGUGGCAUUUUAACUAAUUCACUGGAUAAAUAAGUAAAAAUUAGAUGUACACAAAUGCACAAAAAUGUCAUAUCGGUUGUUGAAACUCUUGGUUACGUCUUCGAUAUGAAUAUAAAGUAAUCAAACUUACCAUUUAUGAGAAGAAAGUAAAGUAAUAUAUACUGCCAAUUAUAUUAGACUAUUUUAAGUAGAGUGGUGAUAUAAAAGUCUUAUGCGAAAUUUGAAAAAAAAAAGUUACAAAAAAUAUAACUUUUACCGGGCCGUUCUGGCCUAAAACAUGAUUUUAGAAUAGAGAAUAAAUAAAGAUGAAUAGAGAUCGUUGUUACGACAUGCAAGCAGUAUUACAUUAAAAAUCUGGUUGCGAUUGAUAUUCAACGUGAAUAAGUAUCGUACAUAUGUUUCUCAUUUAGCAAUAAAUAUCAAAAAAUCGCCUUUGAAUUUGAAUAUUUACGCACUGCAAUAAAUAAAAUAGUAUUUAAAAGAACCGUCCAGUUGUGACAAAUCAGAAAAAAGCUCAAAUAUCUCUAAAAGAAAGAAAUUAAAUAAAAUCUACCAAAAUUGUGCUUUUGAAGUACGUAAAGAAAUUUCAAUACUGCCUGAUUAAACUACGAUGCUAUUUGAUAAGUACAUUUCAGUUGAUUUUGAUAGUUCGCCAAAGUUUUCGUUUCGAACUGUUUAAACGCACAAAUAAACGAAUAAACGAUAUGUGAACAUUGAAUAUCAAGCAACGAAAUAUAGCUUUAAGUAGGGAUUAACAUGUUUUUUGAUUUUAAUGUAACACUGUUUAUGUUUAAAGUCAAUUUUUAAGAAAAAUUUCUCUCCGUCUAUUUAAUAGAAAAUAAGUAAUUCCACUAUCCUAUUGUUGAUAUUUUAAAGUUUAUUGGAAUUGAAUGAAUAUAAUUUUACAUAGGUAUAUAUUUGAAAGAUAAAAAAAACCAUAUGACUUGUGAUGUUGAUAGAAAUUAUAAAAGAGCGUUUAAAAUAUUUUCUGUGUUGCCUCGAAUGAACAUAUUUUAAUGUGUGUCGAAUUUAAUGUGCACCACUGAUUUUAAACACGUUUUAACUGUAAGAAAUUUACAUAAAAGAUUUAAGGAAAAUAUUUUAAACAACAUUGGUGUAUAUAUUGUAUAUAGAUUAUUUAGAUAUAAACACAAAUUUGUAAAUUAUAGGUAAUUUAAACACAUUAUUGUUGAAAAAUAUAUAUGAUCUUAGAA